UUUGGAAGGCAGGAGUUUUGAAAAGUCCUGUGACAACACUGACGCCAGCUCAUCCUCUCUAUUCAACUUGUUCAAGAUGUCUGGAAGCGACGCUGAGCGAGGUUCCACUGAUAAUCCGGUGAAGUUCAAGGAUCAAGACUAUGACAGUCUACUGGAAAAGUGUCUCAAAUCUGGCGUUCUGUUCUCAGACCCAGUUUUUGCAGCGAAUCAAACUUCUCUCGGUAUGCCAGUAGAUCCUGAUCCGAAAAAGGCGGUCAAGUGGCUGCGACCGAAGGAAAUCACAAGCAAUGCUGUCUUUGUUGAGGGCACCAUGGGCAGCACCGAUAUCUGCCAGGGCCAGCUGGGUAACUGCUGGCUGCUGGCUGCCCUGUCCUGUCUCACCAUGCACCCCACUCUGUUUGUCAAAGUGGUUCCAUCUGGACAGAGCCUGAGUGAAUCCUAUGCUGGCAUCUUCCAUUUCAGGUUCUGGCAGUAUGGUGAGUGGGUGGAGGUGGUAGUGGAUGACAGGCUGCCUGUGCGAGAGGGCCGUCUGCUUUUCAGCUACUCUCGCACCUCCAAUGAGUUCUGGAGCGCCCUGGUGGAGAAAGCCUAUGCCAAGCUCAUUGGUUCCUAUGGCAGUCUGAAGGGGGGAUUAAUCUCAGAGGGAAUGGAGGACUUCACAGGGGGUAUUGCCUACUCCCUCCCUGUGUCUUCCCGGCCCCCACAUGUGCUCUGGAGAGCCAUUACUGCUGCCUUGGCCAGGAGCAGCCUACUCAGCUGCUUCAUACAUGCUACAAGUGUGAAGGACAUUGGCACUGUGACAUCAGAUGGUCUAAUCAAAGGACAUGCCUAUGCCAUCAAUGACUCAGAUAAGGUCCAGAAGGGCUCUGAUGAAGUCUUGCUGGUGAGGUUGCGUAACCCCUGGGGAUUUGUUGAGUACUGUGGACCCUGGAGUGACAAGUGUAAAGACUGGGAUUAUAUCGACAAUGCUCAGAAGACCAGGCUUGAGUUGGCUAAAGUUGAAGAUGGAGAAUUCUGGAUUGGAAUAGAGGACUUUUGUCGACUGUUUAAUACAGUGGAAAUGUGCAGUGUCAACCCAGACUCUAUGACGGGGGAGACGAACGAUGACACAGCCACCCCCUCUUGGACCCUGAGCACGCAUCAAGGCACAUGGGUCCCCAUGUGCUCUGCAGGGGGCAGCCGCCGAUACCCAAGAUCAUUCUGGAAAAACCCUCAGUUCCAGCUGAAUCUGUCUGAAAAAGAUGUGGAUGAUUUUGACUAUGGAGAGGAUGACCAUGAGGAAGAGGAGGGGGAAGGAGAAGAGGAUGAAGAAGGUGGUGGCGUGGUGGCUCCUGUGAUCAAGACGGACAAAAAGGGAGAGAAAAAGAAGAAGUGCACAGCACUGGUGGAGCUCCUCCAGAAAAACCGCAGGCAGAAAGAUAAAGUCAGCUUUCUCUACAUCGCCUUCCACAUCUACAAGAUCCCCCCUGAGCUGCAGCACAGUCCAGGUUCUCUGGACCAGCAGUUCUUCUCCAACAAUCGUGCUGUACGCCGCUCUGGAAAGUACCGUAACAUCAGGAGUGUGUGGAGGAAGGUGCACCUGGAGCCUGGCAGUUAUGUCAUCAUGGCUUCCACUUACAGGCCCAACCUGCAGGGGGAGUUCUUCCUCCGCAUUUACACCAAAACCAGCAACAUACAGGGGUUCCAGGAUUUCCCUUGCACCAACAACUACUCUGUGACUGUAAUGUCAAAACCAGCCCUACCUGAGGAUCAGUUUAGGGUGCAGAAGUGGUUUGAUGAAAAGGCUGGAUCGGAUGACAGAGUGAAUGCUGUGCAGUUUAUGAAUCUGGUGAACUCAGUGUUGGAAAAAGAUUAUGAACUUCCAUUGGAGACCUGCAGACAGCUCAUCUUUGGAGAGGAUACUGGUGGUAGAGGGCGACUGAACAGAGCUCAAGCAGAGAAGCUGCUCACCUCCCUUCGCAAUCUGCAGUCUAUCUUUUUCCAGUUUGAUGAGGAUUCAUCUGGAACCAUGAACCCGUUUGAACUCAGUCUGGCUCUGAAUGCCGCAGGUGUUGAGUGUGACAAUGUUGUGGUUCAAUUGUUGUGGGAGAGGUUUGGUGCAGGUGAACGCUACCUGCCCUUCUAUGGCUUUGUCUCCUGUGUUGCUAGACUGCAGGUGCUCUUUGAUCUUUAUGAGUCGGAGACUAGCGCAGAGGUGAAGGACAAAGGCAUCAACGCUUGGCUGCUCAAGCUGUUGGCUGUGUGAAACAGUCCAGACACGACACCUCAGCAGGACGUACCUGCUAGGCCAGGAAAAAUCUGACGUCAUCCAUCUGGGCCUACGUCUCUUUCUCUCUCUGUCUCCCCCCUUUCUGUCUCAUCAGUGGACCAACGCCCUGCAAUUGCAUCCACCCACUCACUGUUCCAUCAGUUGGGGUCAAUGGCCAUGUAGGUCAUUACUGUCCGGAUACAAAAUUGACUUUCUCAUUUCACCCACCUCAUCCCACCAUUUAUAAUCAGCAAAAGAUAAUAUUUUAAAAGUAUAUCUCUCAAGAACAAUGUAACGCAUUUAUUCUACCUGGUCUCAUAGAAACACGUUACUAUACAUUUUUGGACAAUGAUUUUUACGUGGCUCAUUGUAUGUAUCACAGCAGUUUCACACUAGACACUAGAGGCGCUAAAAUAACAACAACUUUUAUUCCUUUUCACACAAAUCACAAGUAAACGGGUUUCAGAACAGAUUAUCAUUUAUACAUAAACACUUACUUUUUGCCUUGCUUCUCACACAAUGUAAUCUCAAAACACUAACUACAGUGCAUGAUAGUUUGCAUUAUAUAAUCAACUACAUUUACAAGCUUUUUCAAAUGCAAUCAAAUUGCGCAGUAGCUCAAAUUAUCGAGAGUUGCACUUGUGAUGCAAAGGAGCGGGAUACAAAUCCUGAAGAGCUCGCGAGUUGACACGUGAGACUUAAGUGUCAUAGAAGCACCGCAAAAUGACAUGGUUUCUUCAGCAAUUGCAUUUUUCAUCUCAUAUUUGCUGUUUAUGACGCUUUUGGUUAGGUUUAAGGUUUAUGGUAGAUUUUGUUGAUUUAAAACACAAAAGAGAUUUAGCCUUAAAAACCUCAUCUGUUUGGGAACUCACUUUUAGUGACAUUUUAUGUGCCGUGAUAUGUGUAAGGAGCCGCAUAAUGAUUUGCAGAAAUGUCACAGCAAUCACGUUUUAUUUUUUGUUUUUUCAUUAGAUCAGGCUUCAUUUAUCCUUUUUCGCUGAACAGUUCAUGAUGCUCCUAAUCUUUAAACUUUAAGUGGUUCUCAACUUGCCUCAGGUCUGUUCUGGUAGGGUAGUGGACAGCAGGGAAAAACUAUUUUAAAUGUGAAUAAUAACAUGUAAAUAAGAUAAUAACCAUGCCUAAUUAUGAUAGCAAAAUAAAUAGGCAUAUCAACUUUUAAAGGAGAAACUUUGCAUAUCUUUUGUUGUUGAUGUCGAAGGUUGUGUGUCCAGUAACACUAUACAGUAUUUUGUUGCAAAUUCAUCUGUCAUCGGAAGAAGCUAGCCAAAUUAGGCAGAUGCAAACAUGGACAGGUUGCGUGACAUGUCCUCAUCCUCAAAAACCAUGAACAAAACUGCAAGGUUAAAGAAACCAUGUCCAAGACGACAUUAAAUAAGGGCUUGCUUGCAAUGAGAAUAUACUUGGUUUGUGCCAACCACGACGUUUUGUGCUUUGAACUGGCAGAUAAGAGCAUGAAACCAUCAUAAUUCUAUUUUGUACAGUAAACAACUUUGGUACUGUUUUGGAUCACCACUUCCACUCAGGGUCCUGAAGCAAAACCAGUUGAGAACCACUGCUUUAUACUAUAAUUGCUGUUUUUGUAGCUGUGUGCAAAGUUCUAGAUCUUGACUGCAGCCAUUUUUGCUGUCAUUUGCUUUUCAAAGUCAAAUUGAGCAGGACCGAUAAUGCAUUUAAAAGCAUGGUCUUAUAAUUAUAGUCAUACUUGUAACAAGGAGCAUAAUUGAUUUUCUGUCAAACAGUAUGACUUUCUCCUCUACUUUUGUCCCCACUCUUAUGAACACAUAUGUAUCUCUGCUCAAUAUCUUUAAAAGUUGAGAAUGUAUUUUUGCUUCCAAAUAUAAAAGCACAAGUCAUAAUCUUUCAUCACGGGGCAUUUCUAUAUUAAAUUUUGCUGUGCGUCUACCUACACCUCCACACACACACACACACACUAUCACACACACACACAUUGUUCAGGGAGCAAGAUAGUAGAUGUGGGUAUUAAAAGCGAUGUCUCAGCAGCCCUGCACGCACUGGCUCUAUUCUUAUCGCUCUGACGCCACGCACAGCGUCAUCACGCCAUCGCUCCCUCCUCCGCUAUGCUCUCCCUCCAUCCCUCCCUCCAGCUCUCUCUAGUAACUGUCUCAUUCUCACAAUCUGCUUCCUCCUCCUCGUGUUCCUCUUGCUCACUCACACACACAUCCACGUACGCUUGCUCACACACACUCACACGCUUGUACGGUCUUCUCCUGCUGCUCCUAUUAAUAGAAACCUUUCCUCACACAAUGCUUCCUCCCUGCCGUAAGGUGACCGCACAGAGGUUGCCCCCAGCAACAGUCCAAGCGCCUCUGGAAAUGGCUAGAAAAAGAAAGAAAACACUUCCUCUGCCAUAUGUUCCAGAUUACAAUGUGUACUUUUUCAAUACAUAAUACCUUUACAUAUUGUUUUGUCUACAAGCCUCUUGUUCUUGUUUAUUCCUUUUCUGCUAUUAAAAAAAUAGCUGGAA